AUACAUGGCGUCGCUCGUUUACGCAACGGCAUAUGUAAAGUAACGAAAGAGCUGAUAUAGUGAUCACAUAUGAUCACGUAUAUAUUUUGUGCGAUAUUAUAAUUCAUAAAUAAAAGGAAGAGCUCGAAAGAGAGAGAGAGUCUAUAUAAAUAAUCGUAGAAAUUUAUUAGGAUAAUUGUAAUCGUUGGCAAUGUGGUGAUGCAGAUUUGUUAUUGAUUUGUACGUGUUAAAAAGCAAGCUUGAUCUAACCUAUACAAGUUACGUCUGCUUUUACGUAAGAUUUAUUUGUAACUUGUGAUUACAACAUGACAUCUCGGGCAACAGUUUUCUUUAAUUUUGUACGUUAUUACUCGCAAGAAAUAAGACGACAAAUAAAAUGGAAAGAUAAGGAGGGUAAACUAGAGGGUGUAAAAUAUGGGAAUGUUAAAUACUUUCCUAGAUAUCCAAAUCAGGUUGAUCCACCAUUUGAGCCGAGCAAACUUUUAUUUGUGAAACGAGUAAAACCUUUCGCAGGUAAUCCUUGGUGGGAGAAAAAAAUAUUGAAAGAUAUCGGUUUUGAGGACAAGAAACACUUCAAUGCUCCAAUGAUCGUCAAAAACACACCAGACAUUUGUGCUUUGCUCUGGAAGGUAAAACAUCUGGUAAAGAUCCUUCCUAUAAAGUUACCUGAUAAACUGCCAACUGCAGACGAUCUAAAUGGCACGUAUUUACAUGAAAAUGGCACGUUUUCUAUUGUACCAAAAGUAGAGCCUGCUCGCGAAGAAGCUACAGUAAACUUUGUAAAUGAUCCAAAAAAACUGAAUCGUGAUAUUAUUCAAGAAAAACUGAGACUUAAGUGGUUAGAAGGACGUUCUAUGUCUUGAAACAAAUGCUAAAUAUAAUAAAUAAUUUUGUUGCACUAAAGUCAUUAAUAUAUAAAUCUAAGAACCCACAAUCUUAAAUAAUUCCUCAAUAAUUUCUUUAUAGCUGAGAAAAAACUUUCAAAAUAUUUUGUAUCUUAUAACAAAGAGUGCGGUGUCGAUUAUAUAUAUUUAUAUAUAAGAACAUCUUAAAAUAUAUAAAAGUAAUUUGCAAAUAACAAUAACUUUGCGCUUUGAGAAGUAUGAAGAUAAACGGUUGAACAAAUAAUAUAGUUUAUUUAUAUUUUGUAUAUGCGGUCGAUCGACCGGUUUACAACCUACUAACAAUAAUGUUAAAAUUUUAGUAUUUAAUUCUUAAUUUAUUUAAAGUGUCCCAUAUGCCCAGGGUCUCGUAAAAUUUCUCGAUUAAUUUUAACUUUUUUAAAUUAAGAGAUAUUUAUUUUGAAAGUUUAAUUCAUAAAAUAUUUAAUAUUAUUAAUUAUUAAUAAAUUAAGAUAAUACUUUCAAAUUCUUGUUAAAAUAUAUUUUUAAGUGUAUUGGAAUCUAUGACUUUUGCAAGUAUAUCUGUGAUGUGUUUGGGACACUUUAUAGGCAAGAGCAAGAUAUCUCUAUACGAUGCCUCGCAAUAAGAUUUCAUUAUCUCAAUCGUAGGUUCUCUGAUUCACUCUAGCCAAAAAGCUCAAAUACAUAUUCGAUUUAUAAUAAUAUAAUUUUAAAUUAUACUUUUUAAAGAUUGCGUAUAAAUUAUUAUUGUAUAAUAACACAACUAUAAUAAUAAUAUAAUCUUAAAAUAAA